CUCUCCCCGCCGGAGGAAGGAGGACUGGGCGGGAUCCCAACCCCGGACCCCUCCUUUCCCCCAUGAACGACCAGGCGCGGGCCCCCAACCCCUCCCGGGCCCGGGGCUUGGCCUUGGCCCGGGCUUCGACCCCGGUCAGGUCCUCGAUCCCGGUCCGCAUCCCAGCUCCUGCCAGGGCCUCGGCCCCAGCGCGGACCCGGAAUCCGGCCCGGAUCCCGACCCGGGUCCGGGCCCCGAAUCCUGCCCAGACGCCGACCCCGGUCCGGGCCCCGAAUCCCGCCCAGACGCUGACCCCGGCCCGGGCCGCGAAUCUCGUUCAGACCCCAACCUCCGCUGGGACCCCAACUCCCGUCCAGGCCCCGGCCUCAGCCUGGACCCCCUCUCUCCUCCAGACUCCGACUCCGGUCCAGACUCCAACCGCAGUCUGGACCCGGACUUCUGUCCAGCCCCCGACGCUCGUCCAGACCCCAACUUCCGUAGGGACUUCGACCCCGGUCCGGAUCCUGGCUCCCGUAGAGAUUUCCACCCGGGGCCAGACGCCCACUCCAAACUGGACCCCGACUCAGGCCGGGAUCCCAGCCCCAACCUCAUCCCCAGUCGGGGUCCCGAUCACAGCCGCGGUCCCUGCCUCGGAAUCCUUCCCGAACUCGGCCUCACUUUUGGAUUCACUCUCAGACUUGGCUUCGGAGCCUGCUGCGUCGCCAGACAAGGAUCUUUCACGGACGCCCGGGGCGAAGCACUUACCAUCAGUCACCAAUGGAUUCGGGUCCCCCCAAGAGCCCCUUCCUGCCCUCGCUCCAAAGGCCACUGAUUUGCUGGGGCCCAUCCUUGGAUCAACCUCAACGGCAGACCCAUCGGCUGCCAAGGUGAUGGAUUCCACUCUCGAUUUUAUUCCGCCGCCCAUCCUGGAGUCCGACCCCUUCGCCAGCACUUUCACCUCCACCUUCGAGAACAUCCCAGAGGACAGCAAGAUCCUGAUUAGAGUGGUCUACUGCGGCCUCUGAAGCUAUAGCCUGCGGUACAUUCUACUGAAAAGGAGUCUGGAGCUGCAGUUUCCAAAUUGUCUCCGCUUUGAGGAGGAAAGAUCUGUCCAGGCUUCAGGGGAGUUUGAAGUGUUUGUGGAUGGCAAACUGGUCCAUUCAAAGAAGAGAGGUGAUGGCUUUGUGGAUGAGGCCAGGCUGCAGAAAAUUAUGAGCAGUAUCCAUGAGGAGAUCAGGAGAAAGGAGGUGCCUCAGCAGGAUGCCGAGAAGGGCUGAAAUGUUGCCAAGUCAGGUCCUUUUCUAAUGGUGGCUGGGGCAAGUCGGGGAGAGGUGAAGGGGGCAAUAAAUACAGUCCGCCUCUCUGC